UGAAAGCCCUGCCCCCACUCCGGCUUACACAAUUUCUUGUUACAACAGCACUGUGCCUAGUGAGCAUACAGGCGUCCUUGGAAGAGAAGCUUUGAGGAUAUCAAGCCUGGUUGCUGGAACAGAUGCUGAAGUUCCGAGGACCCAGGAGCCUUCAGGGUCAUGUGGUUAUGCGGAGGAGGCACUGUCUUAUUUUCUUUUCUCUUGCAUUAAGCACUGGGUACAGAUUUGCCAUGGAGAAGAUAUCAGCGUCAGCGUUCUUGCUCCUUGUGGCCCUCUCCUAUACUCUGGCCAAAGAAACCACAGUCAAACCUGGGGCUAAAAAGGACACAAAAGACUCUGGACCCAAACUGCCCCAGACCCUCUCCAGAGGUUGGGGUGAUCAACUCAUCUGGACUCAGACAUACGAAGAAGCUUUAUACAAAUCCAAGACAAGCAACAAACCCUUGAUGAUUAUUCAUCACUUGGAUGAAUGCCCACACAGUCAAGCUUUAAAGAAAGUAUUUGCUGAAAAUAGAGAAAUCCAGAAACUGGCAGAGCAGUUUGUCCUCCUCAAUCUAGUGUAUGAAACAACUGACAAGCACCUUUCCCCUGAUGGCCAGUAUGUCCCCAGGAUUCUGUUUGUUGACCCGUCCCUGACAGUUAGAGCCGACAUCACUGGAAGAUACUCAAAUCGUCUCUAUGCUUAUGAGCCUUCAGAUGUAGCACUCUGUAAGUUUACCUCCUUUCAACAUUUCUACUGCUGUAGUAAUGGGAUUAGAGGCCACAUGGGGAGGUGAGAAAAAGCUCUGCUCUGAGACACCAGAGAAUCAGUUUGACUCUAAGUAGCCUGUGUCCUUGGGCAAAUCACACUCAUUCUCCAUCUUUCUUACCUCAACUGGAGAUGAAUUAUUUAGAUUAGGUAUCUUCUUCUUUAAGAGAAUUCUAUGACCGUAUAUAAACAUUAACUGCUUUUCAAGCUUUCUCUUAGGCACCAAAAACAAAAAAAACCAAACCUGUUGCCAUCGAGUCGAUUCCGACUCCUAGCGACCCUAUAGGACAGAGUAGAACUGCCCCAUAAGGUUUCCAAGGAGCCGCUGGUGGAUUCAAACUGCUGACCUUUUGGUUAGCAGCUGAGCUCUUAACCACUGUACCACCAGGGCUCCAACAUAGAAUUCCUUCUACCACAAAAUUGAGUGCAAUAGUUGCAGUAAUCUAUAUGCUAUUUUUUUCCCCAAAUAACAAAAGUGAAAUAAUUUAGUCCAGCUUGUUGAAGUUGAAUUCAAGUUUAAUUUUCAAAAUCAAUAGGAAAGAAGGAUCUAAAUCGUUGCUCACUCACUUUCCCUGACACAGGCAUCCCAAACCCACUGCCAUCAAGUCAAUUCCAACUCAAUAGAGACAGAGUAGAACUGCCCCCCCGCAUAGGUUUCCAAGGCUGUAAAUCUUUACGGAAGCAGACUGCCACACCUUUCUUCCAUGGUGUGGCUGGUGAGUUUGAACUGCUGACCUUUCAGUUAUCAGCCAAGCGCUUAACUAUUGGAGAAAAAAGCUGGAGACUUAAGGCAGACAAGGUACCCAAAUGUAACAUCUGAUUACUCCUCCUGGGAAAGAAAAUUAGGUUUCAUCCUAGGGAGCAAUUCAGAUCAGUUAGUUAGUGGUAGUGGCUGCCUAGAACUGUGCUUUCUAAUAUGGUAGCCAUUAAUCAUGUGGCUAUCUAGAUUUAAAUUAAUUAAAAUUAAAGUUAAAAAAUGUAGUUCCUCAGUCACACUAGCCACAUUUCCAGUGCUUGCAAGCACAGACACUGAUUAUUCCAUCAUCCCAGAAAUUUUUGUUCGGCAGCACAGACCUAGAACAUUGUGUUGGGAAGGAUUGUGAGGUUGCGUCUGGGUAGCAGAAAGAUUAUCAUUGUCCAUUAGCAAUGUCUACAAGAGGUACUGGGAGGAUUAGGGUAGCACAUUUUAAGUAUUUGCCAUUCUUUUAGAUGGUAGCAAAUGUCUUAAUAAGAUUUUGGACUCCUUAAAGUCAGUUAUCUUGCACAGGUACUAUCAUAGUGUCUUGUAGAAUAAACUAAUAAAUAUUAUAGAAGGAAUGAAUAAGCAGGUGCUCAGUGCCUUUCCAUCACAUGGACAUCUUAUUUUAAUAAUCAUUUUCAUGACUUGCUACAGACAGAAUAGUGAGCUAGUAAAGUCUGGCCUCUGGAGCAAUAGCUCCACCAUUUGUUAGCUGUGUUAUCUAGAGCAAGCUACUCAACUUCUCUGCGCUUGUUUCAUCAUCUACAACAUGAAGUACUAAUAGUUUUGGGAUGAUUACGUGAAUUUGUAUGUGUAAAGCACUUGGUUUGCUAUUGUUUAUAACUUAUGUUCCACCUACUUCCGAAAUAAGUUGUAGUAGCUACAAACACCUAUUUCUUACAAAUAUGAUUUAAAAUUUACUUCUGAAGUAGCCAAAAUUAUUUUCUGCCAGUGGAAUUUAUAAAGGGACUAUUCUGGAGUUGGAGGGUGGAGAAAAUUUGGAAAGGAAUGAAUAUGGUAAAGAGACUUGAAUGCAACAAAAGCUAUUUUGCAUAAUUUUAGGGAAAAUUUUGAUAAUAAAGUUAUUAACUGUUCAUCCUAAGAAGAAAACAGCACCUCACUAAGCAGUGAAUAGAGUACCCAAGUUUGGUGGACUGACUGACUCUAUCGGUAUAACCACUGGUGGCAUCUUGACUCUUAACUUUUUCCCAUAUUAGUGCUUGACAACAUGAGGAAAGCUCUCAAGUUACUGAAGACUGAAUUGUAAAGAAAAUAAAAAUCUGCAAGCUCUUCCCACCAUAUUAGGCCUUAAGAUUUGGAAACCAGAGAUUCUGAAGACUUUGGAGAAUGCAGGAGCACUGGUUACAUCCAGAUUAUAGUUUAAUGUUAUGACAGCUAUUUUGUUGUUUUUUUUUUUAAAGUUUGGUUUCAAGUAUACAUGUAU